AUGGGUAACAUAACAUUCUUAGCGUUAUUGCUGUGCCUCUCCGCUGGGGCGUUGAUAGUGCAGGCUGAAGACCCUUACCUCUUCUUUGAAUGGAAUGUCACUUAUGGAACCAUCGCUCCAUUGGGAGUCCCCCAACAAGUCAUUCUCAUCAACGGUCAAUUCCCAGGGCCGAGGAUCAACUGCUCCUCCAACAACAACAUCGUUGUCAAUGUUUUUAACAAUCUCGACGAGCCAUUCCUAUUGACCUGGAAUGGCAUUCAGCAGAGGAAGAACUCAUGGCAGGAUGGAACCCUUGGAACCAUGUGCCCUAUUCAACCUGGGACAAACUAUACCUAUCGCUUCCAGGUUAAGGACCAGAUCGGAAGCUUCUUCUACUACCCCUCCACCGCCUUUCAUAGGGCAUCUGGUGGCAUUGGUGGCCUUCGAGUUAAUAGCCGAUUGCUCAUCCCCGUUCCUUUUGACGAACCUGCAGAUGACUACUGGGUCAUCAUGGGGGAUUGGUACACCAAGGGCCACAAGGCCUUGAAGAAGUUUGUGGACAGUGGUCGCUCCAUUGGCAGGCCUGAUGGCAUACAGAUCAAUGGCAAGUCCGGCAAGAUUGGCGACAAGAGCGAGCCUCUCUUCACCAUGGAGCCGGGUAAGACUUACAGGUACAGGUUCUGCAAUGUUGGGAUGAAGACAUCUCUCAAUUUCAAGCUCCAAGGCCAUACCAUGAAGCUCGUGGAGUUGGAGGGUUCCCACACAGUCCAGAACUUAUAUGACUCCCUGGACUUGCAUGUCGGACAAUGUCUCUCAGUGUUGGUCACCGCCAACCAAGAGCCCAAGGACUACUACUUGGUGGCUUCCAGCAGGUUCACUAAGAAACCGAUGACAUCAGUGGCCAUCAUUAGCUACACCAACGCCAAGGGCCCAGCAUCUCCAAAGCUCCCACCAUCCCCACCGGAGAAUUCAGAAGGCAUCGCCUGGUCCAUCAACCAGUUCCGCUCGUUCCGUUGGAACCUUACGGCCAGUGCUGCUCGCCCCAACCCUCAGGGUUCUUACCAUUACGGUAAGAUUAACAUCACCCGAACCAUCAAGCUGGUUAACUCCAGGAGUAAUGUCAACAACAAGCUCCGGUUUUCCAUCAACGGUGUCUCACAUGUGGACUCCGACACUCCAUUGAAGCUUGCGGAGUAUUUUGAAGUUGCAGACAAGAUGUUUAAAUAUGACACUAUGGCUGACGAGCCCACAUUAAAAAGUGAGAAGGUCACAUUGGCUCCCAAUGUUGUCAAUGCCACCUUCCGUAACUUCGUUGAGAUCAUCUUCGAGAACCACGAGAAGACAAUCCAAACGUGGCAUCUUGAUGGGUAUUCCUUCUUUGCCGUGGGCAUUGAGCCCGGGAGGUGGAGCCCAGAGAAGAGGAAGAACUAUAACCUUCUUGACGCCGUGAGCAGGCACACCAUCCAGGUCUACCCUAACUCAUGGGCAGCAACCAUGACUACACUUGACAACGCCGGCAUGUGGAACCUGAGGUCAGAUAUGGGGGAGAGGUCUUACUUGGGACAACAGCUCUACCUCAGCGUUCUCUCCCCUGCACGCUCCCUGAGGGAUGAAUACAACAUUCCGGACAACACCCCACUAUGUGGCCUCCCCAAAGGAUUGCCAAUGCCCCCUCCUUACACUCCCUAA